AGGCGGUGCUGGCGGACGUGAGUUACCUGAUGGCCAUGGAGAAGAGCCGCGCCGCGCCCGCCGCCCGCGCCAGCAAGAGGAUCGUCCUGCCCGAGCCCAGCAUCCGCAGCGUCAUGCAAAAGUACCUGGAGGACCGAGGAGAGGUGACAUUUGACAAGAUCUUCACGCAGAAGAUUGGCUACCUGCUUUUCCGGGAUUUUGCCUUCAACCAGGCCGAGGAGGCCAAGCCCCUGAUGGAAUUUUACGAGGAGAUCAAAAAGUACGAGAAGCUGGACUCGGAGGAGGAGCGAGCUGCCCGCAGCCGCCACAUCUUCGACCAUUACAUCAUGAAGGAGCUGCUGGCCUGCUCCCACCCCUUCUCCAAGAGCGCCACAGAGCACGUCCAGAGCCGCCUGAGCAAGAAGCAGGUGCCCCCAGAUCUCUUCCAGCCCUACAUUGAGGAGAUCUGCCAGAACCUGCGUGGGGGCAUCUUCCAGAAAUUCAUUGAGAGUGACAAGUUCACGCGGUUCUGCCAGUGGAAGAACGUGGAGCUGAACAUCCAUCUCACCAUGAACGACUUCAGCGUUCACCGAAUCAUCGGCCGCGGCGGCUUCGGGGAGGUCUACGGCUGCCGGAAAGCGGACACGGGCAAAAUGUACGCCAUGAAGUGCUUGGACAAGAAACGCAUCAAGAUGAAGCAGGGCGAGACGCUGGCCCUCAACGAGCGCAUCAUGUUGUCCCUCGUCAGCACUGGGGACUGCCCGUUCAUCGUGUGCAUGUCCUACGCCUUCCACACGCCCGACAAGCUCAGCUUCAUCCUCGACCUCAUGAACGGGGGGGACCUGCACUAUCACCUGUCCCAGCACGGCGUCUUCUCGGAGGCGGAGAUGAGGUUCUACGCGGCCGAGAUCAUCCUGGGCCUGGAGCACAUGCACAGCCGCUUUGUGGUGUACCGUGACCUCAAGCCGGCAAACAUCCUCCUGGAUGAGUUCGGCCACGUCCGCAUCUCCGACCUGGGCCUGGCCUGCGACUUCUCCAAGAAGAAGCCCCACGCCAGCGUGGGCACCCACGGGUACAUGGCGCCGGAGGUGCUGCAGAAGGGGGUGGCCUACGACAGCAGCGCCGACUGGUUCUCACUGGGCUGCAUGCUCUUCAAGCUGCUCCGGGGGCACAGCCCGUUCCGGCAGCACAAGACGAAGGACAAGCAUGAGAUUGACCGGAUGACCCUCACCAUGGCCGUGGAGCUGCCGGACUCCUUCUCCCCAGAGCUGCGCUCCCUGCUCGAGGGGCUGCUGCAGCGGGAUGUCAACCGGCGCCUGGGCUGCAUGGGGCGAGGGGCGCAGGAGGUGAAGGAAGAGCCCUUCUUCAAGGGCCUGGACUGGCAGAUGGUGUUCCUGCAGAAGUACCCGCCGCCCCUCGUCCCGCCCCGCGGCGAGGUGAAUGCGGCCGACGCCUUCGACAUCGGCUCCUUUGACGAGGAGGACACCAAGGGCAUCAAGCUGCUGGAGAGCGACCAGGAGCUGUACCGCAACUUCCCGCUCACCAUCUCGGAGCGCUGGCAGCAGGAGGUCACCGAGACCGUCUUCGACGCCGUCAACGCCGACACCGACAAGCUGGAGGCUCGCAAGAAGGCCAAGAACAAGCAGCUGGGCCACGAGGAGGAGUACGCCAUGGGCAAGGACUGCAUCAUGCACGGCUACAUGGCCAAGCUGGGCAACCCCUUCCUGACGCAGUGGCAGCGCCGCUACUUCUACCUCUUCCCCAACCGCCUGGAGUGGCGCGGGGAGGGCGAGUCGCCGCAGUCCCUGCUCACCAUGGAGGAGAUCGACUCGGUGGAGGAGACGCAGGUGAAGGAGCGCAAGUGCAUCCUGCUCCGCAUCCGCGGGGGCAAGCAGUUCGUGCUGCAGUGCGAUAGCGACCCCGAGCUGGUGCAGUGGCGGAAGGAGCUGCGGGACGCGCAGCGCCAGGCGCAGCAGCUGCUGCAGCGGGUGCCCCGCAUGCAGAACAAGCCCCGCUCGCCCGUGGUGGAGCUCAGCAAAGUGCCGUUCAUCCAGCGCUCCCCCAACGGGCCCCCCCCCGGGGACCCUCUGUAA